UGCAUUAUUGUUGACGUUAAUUGAAGUUUCUUUUUGUAUUAAAAAAAUUAUGGAUUUAGGGAAAGAUACCAUUGAAAAGUUUAAAUUUUAAUUUUUUUGUUGGUGUUUAUAUGUUAUAUCUACAUUUUGGAAUGUGUGAUGGUGACAAAGUUAAAGGGCAAUAGUGUUGAAAAUAUAUAACUUUGUCAUUUGUUCUAAAUAUUAUUUAAAAAUGAAUGUACUCCAAAGGACAGUACUACGGAUGGGAUUUAUUUCGAACAUACAAAAAUGCCAGCUUGGCACUGCAAAUGUAUGUCAACAGAAUCAAACAGAAACAAAGUCAACCGUGGACAGUAAAGAUGUACAUCAUCAUGAAGGUCUCAUGAAAACUUGGUGGGAUGAACUUGGACCCAUCAAACCAUUGCACAGCAUGAAUUUAGUGAGAGUACCUUUCAUAAGAGAUGGUCUUGUUCCGUGUUCACCAGAGGAAAGAAAUGCAGCACCAUUACGUAACAAAAAAAUUCUAGAUGUUGGCUGCGGUGGAGGGAUUCUUUCCGAGAGUUUGGCAAAAAUAGGAGCAACAGUGACAGGAAUUGAUGCUGGUAAAGAUUUGAUAGAGCUGGCCAUAGAGCACAGUAAAAUGAAUGCCAAACUAGGCAACAAUCUGCCUUCAUACAUCUGUACAAGUGUUGAGGACCAUUGUAAGGAACGUAAAAAUUAUUAUGAUGCAGUUGUUGCGUCGGAAGUGAUAGAGCAUGUCAAUAAUCAGGAACUGUUUCUGAAGAGCUGCAUUGAAGCGGUGAAGCCCGGGGGAAAGAUAUUCAUCACAACACCGAACCGAUCACGAGCCACUCAAGUCCUAGGUAUAUGGCUUGCUGAAUAUGUCUUGAAAGUUAUACCAAAAGGAACUCAUCAAUAUGAGAAAUUUUUAACAGUUCCUGAAUUAACAUUUUUGUUGGAGAGAAAUAAUUGUCACGUAGAAUCGACAUGUGGCUUAGUUUAUCGACCAUUGGCUAACAAAUGGCAGUUUACAACCUCGCAGCUGCUCGUGUUUGCGCUUCAAGCCAGGAAACUGGAAUGACAGAGACAAAAGUGUACUUUUUAUACGACCACAGACAACGUAAUGUCAUUUUCCAGUCUUUUCUAUUUUAUUUUUGUGUACUACCAUUUUUUUUUUUCAAUGAAUUAAAACAAAUUCA